CACUGUACGUGAAGAGUGAUGAAGGUCAACACAUGCCACGACUCCGACUGUACGUGAAGAGUGAUGAAGGUCAACACAUGCCACGCCUCCCACUGUACGUGAAGAGUGAUGAAGGUCAACACAUGCCACGCCUACCACUGUACGUGAAGAGUGAUGAAGGUCAACACAUGCCAAGCCUACCACUGUACGUGAAGAGUGAUGAGGGUCAACACAUGCCACGCCUACCACUGUACGUGAAGAGUGAUGAGGGUCAACACAUGCCACGCCUACCACUGUACGUGAAGAGUGAUGAGGGUCAACACAUGCCACGCCUACCACUGUACGUGAAGAGUGAUGAGGGUCAACACAUGCCACGCCUACCACUGUACGUGAAGAGUGAUGAAGGUCAACACAUGCCACGCCUACCACUGUACGUGAAGAGUGAUGAAGGUCAACACAUGCCACGCCUACCACUGUACGUGAAGAGUGAUGAAGGUCAACACAUGCCACGCCUACCACUGUACGUGAAGAGUGAUGAAGGUCAACACAUGCCACGACUCCGACUGUACGUGAAGACUGAUGAGGGUCAACACAUGCCACCCCUACCACUGUACGUGAAGCGUGAUGAGGGUCAACACAUGCCAAGCAUACCACUGUACGUGAAGAGUGAUGAGGGUCAACACAUGCCACGUCUACGACUAUACGUGAAGACUUAUGAGGGUCAACAUAUGCCUCUCCUACCACUAUAA